UAUGGAGUGGAAGGCAAGCGGCCACACAUUAAGACGUCUCGUAUGCAGGAGUUCCUGAGAACGCAGGGCGACACUAACCACAAGAUCCGACUGUGUCCAUUCGAGGGCUGCCAGAAAACGUUCACCAGUCUGCCGGGUCUCCGCUACCAUGUCAAGUCUCACGACGUCAAUGAAAAACCCUUUCGAUGCUUGAAGUGCAGAAAAUCUUUCAAAAGUUGCAAUGGUCUCAGAUACCAUACGUCUAAAACAAGAUGUGAGGAAUGCACUGAUGGCCAUUCCGAAAAGAAAACUAAACCAGCCUCCACUGAUCUAGUCCUGCCAGAAAUUGGAGGCAACAUGGAGAAACUUCACCAGCUGGCCAUCAUAGCAACGGGACCACAGAGUCCUCUCCUACAAUCGAACUCGCCCUCGUGGGACAGACCAAGUGGUCCAUUUGUACGAACUUUGGAUUUUUCAACAUCUCCAUCUAAAACCUCUCUGAAUGAUGGUUCUGUCAAAGAGAGGCAAUCUAGUGAGAGUGAAGCAAAGGUGACAUCAUCGUUUCCCUUCCCAUCAUCCCCUAAGGACGCCAACUCUGACAGCGCCCUCUGGUCCCACUCCUGGCCCACCGCAGUCUGGCAGUGUUUUAUGCGAGGGUCAUUCAUAAAGGACCUGUCAUGUCCGGAAUAUGAUUGGCAGACGGCUGAAGAAUUGGCUGACCAGGCUGCCCAGUCCAGUGUGACCACCAAAUCAUCGCAGUCAUCACCAGAUGACCAACAUUCCAUUACACAUAUUCUGACCAACCCUGCACCAUUCUUGCUCGACAAGAUUGAGUGGGAGUCAGAUAGGAAAUCUGUUGACCUGUAUUUCACUGCCGACACGGGAACCAAGAAAUUCUUCCAUGUUCUUGCUCAGUGUCCCCAGAGUCAUCCAUUCUUUGUUAGAGAUAAAGGUUGGUCAUCAUGCAGCCCUCAUGAGACGGUCAAGCUGUACGGGAUUCCCAGCUGCCGGCUGGAGGAAAAGGACGUCUGUCUGCCCCCAUCUCACCCAGACGCCUGCUUCUCUCGCUUGUAUGAAAACUCUGAGAGCACAAACAGAAUGCAGCUGAAUUCAUUAGAUUCGUCUGCCGUAAGUGCACUAUGCUCCAUGGCACAGCAUAAACGUGAGUGCCAAGAGCGCCUGUCCCCUUCAAUAGGUCAACACACGGCUUCUGACGCAGGCAAAAACAAACAGUGGGAUGCUGGUCAACAAAAAGCCAAACGACCCAUGAAUGCCUUCAUGUUGUUUGCUAAACAUUUUCGACUACUUCUAACUAACAAAUUCCCAGGCAAGGACAACCGAGCAAUCAGUGUGAUGCUGGGUGAGGAAUGGAAGCGACUGGGAUUAACUGAAAAAGCCGUUUUCCAGGAGGAAGCACAGAAAUUAGCGAGGAAAACAAAACAGAUCUCACCCGAUUGUUGGAAGAGAAAGAAAUAACAUUUAUCAAACUACGAGGAGGAACUACACUGAUGUAACUGAUCUCACCUACAAACACUGCCAUGUGUUCUUCAGGCCCUUUCGCUUACAUCACAGCAGGCAGGACGGCCGGUCCUACAUGGUCCUACACGUGGUGUCACAUAGCUCCAAGGGUCCUAGGUCUUAGUCUUAGUAUGCGGAGUUGGAGAACUGAGAUUUUUUUCAAGACUGAAGAUAUAUUUUUAUACAAGAGUUUUGAUAUUAAUUCUUAUUUAUAUGCAUGAUGAGUUCUGUUUUUGAAUGUUUUUUAUUGCAUGUUAUUAUUUUUUUUUCUUCUUCUUCUUCUCCAAUAUGCAAUAAGCGUCCAUUAUACUGUGCUAGAAGUAUUUGAUAAAGAUACAUACUAAACCAUUUAGAUUUUGUCCUGUUACAGUGGUGUUCUCAUUAUGUGGUAUGUCACACUGACUUGUCACAUCAGGGGUGGGAAUUCUCCUCGGAUCAGUUGUUUUCUUCUCAUGGAACAUUGCGUUUCCUCACAUUUUAAUCGUCUUUUUUUUCUCCAAAAUGUGUCAAAUGGCACAGAUUUUAACCUAGGAUUUCAAGAAUUUCCAGGAUCCUUCUAGAUUUCCUCAUUUUUACAGUUCACCAAUUCCCACCCCUGCACAUGUGAUUUGUGUCAUGAGAAAUAGGACGUGUUCUAAUUGUCCGACUCCGACACGACUUGUCAUUCUCACAGUAUGAUUCAAUCGCAUGCGACAAGUUAUUGCAACUAUAAUCACAUUUAAACGCUCCUUAAUGGAGAUCUUGUUUUUGUAAUUAAGCUUGAAGUUUAGGGGUUGCUUUGUAUCAAUAUUAAAGGUAAAAGUCCCUUGUUCUACACUGUGCAGUAACCUAUUGGAAUGGGGUGGGUGUACCAAGAAGUAGCUCAGUAGUAGAGUGCUCGCCUGAGCUGUGAUGGGUCACAGGAUUGAUCACCCUCGAUGGACUCUAAAAGAUUUUCUUGUCUCGCCUAGACGAGAUAUAGGUAUUACUUUUCUGGCGGUUGGUGGCAACAAUGGCCUUAAGUUUUGCUUUGGGGAAUGCACUGUGCACAGUAUACAAUAUGUCGACUGGCGUGACGUCGGGCGAGAUCAGUUUUUCACAAACUGUAAGUCCUAAGUUUAAUCAAACUUGGUUUAUAGUUGCACCUGUGGAUGUUUAUCACAAUGCACUAAAAGUGUUUAUGGUUGGCAUCAGCAAUGGCCUCAAAUUUUGCACUAAAGUUUAACGUUAAAGUUUCACAUUUAGAUCAGUUUCUUACAAACUGUAAGUCCUAGGUCAGUGAAAUUUGGUUUAUAGUUGCACCUAUGGAUGUUCAUCACAGUGAGCUGAAACUUGGUUUAUAGUUGCACCUAUGGAUGUUCAUCACAGUGCACUGAACAAUUUUAUGGUAGGCGAAACAUUUAAUUCUGCGGAAUUAUUGUUUUUGUGCCAACCAGUCCCCCAUGACUGGUUAUUGAAGGUUAGGUUAAUUGCUCUUUAGGUUAUUUGCUGUCCUAUCCAAGAAAAAGUGCAAAUAAAAGAUUCCUUGAUGCUUUUUCAGUAGGAGUAACCUGUUGCAUCAAUGGUUUCCUUUUGUUCAAAAACCUCCCCAAACAAACGUACACAAAGUUCAGUUUGUGACUCAUUCAAUGGUUUGGUGUAUCUAUACUGGAAGAGAGAAAUAUUGUACACUAAAUUUCAGUCACAAUUUCAUUUCAUUUCAACUUAUUUUCAUGCUUAUAUCCGAUUAAGGUUCAAGCAUGCUGUCCUGGGCACACACCUAAGCUAUUUGGGUU